UACAUCGUGGGAUGCAAUGAGCUGGUGUUUGGUUGUUGUCAACCAGGCUUUACGCGUGUGAGGUGUGUGAUUGGUUACCUGCGUACAAAUAUGGAGUCGGACUCGCACGAUACUUAAAGCACCCUGGGCCAGGCUAUGCAGGCGCGAGCAAAUUGUUCGCAUCUCUAGAGUCAGGCUCCCGCCGACCUGGCUCAUGCAGCCGGGCUACCGGGAGAAGCCAACCAAACAGGCGGAUACAGAUUAAACAGAUGCGGUAGUUUUUUUCCCUGCCAGAUCGACGAAGAAGGUUCCGUGAGAUGGCUCUCUGAAGACUGCAGUCGGCAAUACCUCUGGCUCUGACUCCGAGUGUCCAGCGUCCACACGAGUACGAAGUACUCUGUAUGUCUGCUACCGGGCCCCGCUGGCAUGCCAGAUCUGCCGUACAUUGUUCCAGCGGCCAGCGGCCCCGUCCGGUCCAGUCACUCGUCUGCCUUAUCGUCAGAGCCGCCGAGCGAGCGAGCGAGCGAGCAGCAGCCAGCAGAAGAAGCUAAAAGCCCGAAGCGCAGCGCGCGAGCGAAUACAACAGCGCAACGCAGCGCCAUGGAAGACGACGACUUCACCUUCCCCACCGUUGCCGCCGCGCGGGGCCCGACGGCGCCGCUCGGCCGCCCCGAUGACGAAGACCCGGUGCCGCACCUGCUCCAGCUUCCCCCGCCUCCCAGUCCCACCCUCGCGGGGACGACCUCCCCUCUGUGGCCGUUCGCGGGCUCCACUCCCAAGACGACGACGACGACGGCCGCGCCGCCGUCGUCCCCGCCCGUGACAGAGGAGGACGACGAGGACAGGAUGGACCUGCUGUGGGAGAGCACGCUCACCACCAGGCCCGUCGCGACAGCGCCGGCGCCGGCGCCGGAGUCAGCUGGGAGCGCCGUCGUCAGCCCCCACGCGGGGCCGCCGCCAGAGCGGCGCGCGGCCGCGGCCGACGACAAGCAGCGCGCCGCGGCGCUGGCCGCCGCGGAGAGGAUGGACAGGCUGUGGGAGAGCUUCAACGAGGACCUCGUCGUCCUGCGGCGGCACGUCCGAGACCGAGGCCGCCGCUCCAAGUCCGCCGCCGAGCACCCCGGCGGCACCAACACCAACACCAAGGCGCCGCGGGCCCUGGCCGACGACGACGACGACGACCACUGGUACCUCUGCAACUACUCGGCGUCGUCGGGCGCCGACGACGACGAGUCCGAUGGCCAGGAGACGUCGGCGUCGUCGCCCGCGGAGCGGCGCGGGUACGGGUGCGCGCCCACCAUGCUGCGCGCGUCGUCGCGCGCGGGCGGGGCGGGCCAGUUCUGCGGCGCCGGCGCCAGCCACCGCGGCCGACGGCGCGGCCGCGGCGGCGGGGCGGCGGCUGGGUGGGCGCUCCUGCUGAGGCUCUUCCGCAGGCUCUUCGCCGUCGACAGGACGGCGCAGCCGUCCCGCAGCGUCUGCGUGCCAUGACCAUCACGCGCUCACUUCCCUAGCCGUGUCGUUCUACUGAUAUGCAGGAUUUUACGUAUAUGGCGAUUACAGGUCAUCGCUCUUGUUUCGUCAAGAAAAAACCAGCUGCUAGGUAAUUUAGUUAGCCAAGAGUCCUCGUACAUGUGUUUUUUGUACUUGUUCGUCCUCUGCUCUCCAUGAUGAAGAACAGAGUAGGGUUUAGUGAAUCUGAUGAUUGUUUGGUGUAGAACGUGUUUUGUGCUCCCUGUAUCUUUUGGUGAGGUGCUGGCAUGGCGUACUGGCACGGAGAUAGUAUUUGUCAAGAUAGUAGUACUAGUACAAAGCAAAGCAGCAGCAGCAGCAGCCGCCAGCAUUGUUCUGUGGCAGGAUAAAUAAAUCGAAGUGCCUCCCUCCUUUAAUUC